CUCACAUUCUCGCGCUGCCGCUGUAACUUCGGGCUCCGGGGACCGAAUAUGGAUCUCCGCCGCUGAUCCUCAAACCCAACUUUUGCGAAAACUUUUGCGGAGUUUCUGUUGCUGUGCGCGCGCGGAGAAUAUCCCCAGCAAAAUGAACCGAGGAGUUUAGAGCCAUUAUCUUCAUCAGUGUGUGUGUGUGUGCGUGAGGAGAAAGAGGGGCUUUAUUGGAAAUUCUCGAACCCCCAUUGGGACGCUCUCGGCUUUCAGCUCGGCGCAAGUUUUCCAGGGAAAUUUCGGGCUCGCUGGGAUCAUUACACGAGCGGAUGAAGGAGGAAUCCCGUGUUUUAAGGGGUCCGUGGGUGUACAAGCCGUGCCCGUCUCAAUGUUAGUGGAUAUGCAGCCGCGCCAGGGGCUGUACCACUACGACAACACUGCCCAUCAACCAAGCAGAGGACUGGCUCCCUCAGCAAGAUCUCAAUACAGUGAGAGGUUAUCUGCGUGUGUGGCGCUCCCCGGUGGUCAGUCAGCAGACAGCAGAGACAUGUACAACCCCUCCAUGACCCCCGGAGCCUGCAUGGAUCCCUACAUGAGGCCGCCACAUGCACCCCCACCCCACAGCAUGAUGGGACAUCGCAGUAUGCCUCCGCCAGAGGGUGGCAGCGGUGCCCCCUACUGUAACCAGAACAUGAUGUCAUCGCAUCACAGCCAGCUGGGAUCAGAGCACAUGGGCUCAAGAGACGCCUCGUGUUUCGCUACACCCCGCUCCAUGUUAAAGCUGAGUAAGAAGCGUGCGCUGUCCAUUUCUCCCCUGUCCGACGCCAGCGUGGACCUGCAGACGGUUAUACGCACAUCUCCCAACUCGCUGGUGGCGUUUGUGAACUCUCGCUGUGGGCAAAACGCUGCAAGCUCAUAUGGGCAUCUGUCUGUGGGUUCCAUGAGUCCAUCACUGGGUUAUUCGAGCUCAAUGAACUACCAGUCCCGACCUCAGGGCAACAUUUACAGCAGUCCACACAGUCACCCUACUCCAUCCUGCCAUGGACCUUCACUUCGCCUGGCCCCGCACAACCCCAGACUUCACGUUACUCCGAAACACACACACCUGAAGACCGAACCUGUUUUGGGUAGCGUGAUGGACAGCAUUAAGAAUCUGGAGGAACAUUCAGAAGGAGAUGUGGCGAGUCCAUCGUCCUCUGGAACCCAGGAUCCUCUUUUGGGUCUACUAGAGGGUAGAGAUGAUCUCGAUAAGGAGGAGAAACCAGAACCAGAGGCCAUUUAUGAGACCAAUUGUCACUGGGAGAGCUGCAGUAAAGAGUUUGAUACCCAGGAACAGCUCGUGCACCACAUCAAUAAUGAGCACAUACACGGAGAGAAGAAAGAGUUUGUGUGUCACUGGCAAGACUGCUCUCGAGAACAGAGGCCGUUUAAAGCUCAGUACAUGCUUGUCGUCCACAUGCGCAGACAUACUGGAGAAAAACCUCACAAGUGCACUUUUGAAGGCUGUAAUAAAGCGUACUCUCGCCUUGAGAACCUGAAGACUCAUCUGCGCUCGCACACCGGCGAGAAACCUUAUGUGUGUGAACACGAGGGUUGCAACAAAGCAUUUUCCAACGCCUCAGACCGCGCCAAACACCAGAACCGAACACACUCCAAUGAGAAACCGUACGUCUGUAAGAUUCCUGGCUGCACGAAGCGCUACACUGACCCGAGCUCUUUAAGAAAGCAUGUGAAGACGGUACAUGGACCUGAGGCUCACAUCACUAAAAAGCACAGAGGGGACACCGGCCCACGUCCUCCAGGAUCUGGAAUAACCCCUGCAGGUCCUGAACUGCUCAUAGAGAAAGAGGAACGAAGCAGAGAAGACUGCAAAUUACUUGCUCCAGAAUCCACACUGAAAUCCCAACCAAGCCCUGGCGGACAGUCGUCCUGCAGCAGCGAACGUUCCCCGCUAGGGAGCGCCAACAACAACGACAGCGGUGUUGAGAUGAACCUCAACGCAGCCGGCAGUCUUGAGGACCUGACAACACAAGAGGAAAAUGGGAACACUGGUGCAGUUGACUCCAGCGGUGGUGUUGGAUCAGGAGGGAUGUGCAUGUCUGUACAAGCCUUAAAAAGGCUAGAGAACUUGAAGAUUGACAAACUGAAGCAGAUUCGACGACCAACACCUCCUGGACGGAAUUCAGGAAAUAAACUUCCAGCUCUCUCAGCAACGGGAGAGAUGACUAGCAUGUGUGCGCCCUCCCCCUUGCUCUCUAACCGGCGAGUAAUGGAGCUCUCUGUCCAUGAGGCGGGAGGAGUUGGGAUGGGUAUGUCAUGCCCACUAAACGAUCGGCGUGGAAGUGGCACCAGUAGCCUCAGCUCUGCCUACACAGUGAGCCGACGUUCAUCUAUGAUCUCGCCUUAUCUCUCAAGUAGACGCUCCAGUGAUGUCUCUCAAGUUGGUCCGAGCGGUCACUGCCAGUCUGUGAUGGGGCCUGACAUACCCAAUGACCAGUUAUCUUCUCAAAACAGCCAAAGGCCUGGAUCAUGUCAAAACGCUGGUGGAUUGCCAGGUCUACAAAGUCUCACUCCUGCACAGCAGUACAGUUUAAAGGCUAAAUACGCAGCCGCAACUGGCGGACCACCACCCACCCCUCUACCCAACAUGGACCAACCUGGCACCCCAGGCAGACACAUUGGUUUCCUAAGAGAAUGCCACAGCCAGCCUCUUCCUCCAUUUCUGCAGCAAGGGGGCACAAGAAGGCACAGUGCUAAUGCUGAAUACGGCACUGGAGUGAUAUACCCACAUCAGGCACCUGGCAACAACACAAGGCGUGCCAGUGAUCCAGCACGCUCGAUGGCUGACCCGCAGGGCUUGCCCAAAGUGCAACGCUUUAACAGCCUGAGUAACGUCUCGCUUAUGAGUCGGCGCAAUGCAUUGCAGCAGUGUGGCUCUGACUCCAUUGUAAGCAGACAUAUGUACUCACCACGACCAUCAAGCAUAACUGAAAACGUCAUGAUGGAAACCAUGGCCAUGGAAUCUCACGGGAACACCGCAGAAGGCAGAGAACACGGCAACAUGAUCCAGGGUGGGGACAGAGCCUACAUGGGCUACCAGCAACAGCAGCACCACCCUCACAAUGCCAGUCAACUCUCUCCUGGACAAGAAAGCCUUGGAUGCAUGGAUCAAGUCUAUCAAUCUCAGAUGCAAGGUCAGUACCAGGGCCAGCGUGACGAUAUGUGUAUCUCCAGGGUAAUGGGUCAGAACGACAUGGCAAACAGUCUUCUACAGCAAGCUGAGUAUGGCAUGAGCACCUGUCAACUGAGCCCCUCUGGCCCACACUAUCCCAGCCAGGGGCAGCCGAGCGAUGGAUCAGGGCCAUGGGGACCGACCAACCAGCUCCAUAGCCCCCAGACCACCAUGCAGUACCAGGCCGCAGGCAUGCAAGGGCAACAUUACCCUCAACAGGAUGUAUAUGACUCCACCUCUAACCCUAGCCAUCAAAGAGUAGCAAUAAAACCAGAGCAGUUCCAUCCCUCCAUCGGAGGAUCCAGCUCUUGCCAGAACAACAAACCUUUACACCAGCAACGCCUUACUGGGAGCAUGCAAGGAUAUCCACCACAGUCACAAGGACAGGGCCUGAUGGGAAGGACCUCCAAUGCCAACUGUGACUUCCAUCACAGCCAGAUGGGAACACAAGCUGGUCUUCAGCAGCAGAGCCAGACUGCAGCAUUCACAAGUGGAGGAAUAAGUCUUGGAUGUGCUGGCUCUGCGUUGGCGGAAAGCCGCAGGUCGCAGACGCCAUUGCAUCAAAUGAAGGAAAUGUUGGUGAGAAACUACGUGCAGUCUCAGCAGGCUCUUAUGUGGGAACAGCAACAGGAACAGAGGCUAGCUGAUGGUCUCUCUGGGAAGCCAGACGGCAUGGACAUGGGAGGACAAACAGCAAUGAUGCAGCCCAGUCCCCAAGCUAACCAGUAUCAUGGCACCAGUUACCAAGGCUACCCAAACCAGAACAUGAUGAGUCCACAGCAUAAUCGAAUUCCCAGUUCAAUGAAAGAGCAUACAGGUAAUAUCCAGAGCUCCUGCUAUGGCCAGGACAUGGUACCCCGUCCACCUCAGGGACGGAAGCCUCUAAGUCGCCAGAACAGCCUCUCUCAACAGACAAAUGGAGCAUACCUGGAAAGCCCACCACAACUGAGUCCCGUCCACUCCACCGCCAGUCCUAGAAGAGGAGUACGCUUACCACCCGUUCAGCAACAGCAGCAGCAUUCAGAAAACUUCAACAACAACAAUCCCCUGUACUACUCGGGUCAGAUUCACAUGCACCAUGACAUAGAGAAGACGUUGGAACCCCAGGAUGGUCCGUGCCUGGCCCAACAGCACCUGACAGACCCGGCACCCAUGUCUAAUGCCUUAGAGAACCUGGACUUGGAGAAUGCUCAGAUUGACUUUUCGUCCAUUAUUGAUGACCCAGAGCCUUCAUCUUACAGUCCAAUCAAUGCACCCAUGGGACACCACCAGUGCUCCUCUCAGACGUCCUCUCGUCUCACCACACCCCAGACAUCCAUGACUCUUCCCAGCGGCCUAUCCAAUAUGGCAGUCGGGGACAUGACCUCUGUGUUGACAUCUCUGGUUGGAGAGAACAAAUAUUUGAACACUCUGUCUUAAAGUCUUUAUAUAAUUGAAGGAGGUCCUACUAUUCUUCUAUGGGCCAAAGCGAGCAUGUGGACUCAGAAAUGAAAUGCUCCAGUGCCCUACAUGGGAUUUCACAGAUUUUGUGUAUCUGACGUAAUCGUUUUGUUUGUGUAAAAUAUGUUGCUAAACGCUACCACAGGAGCCUUAUUGUUAUUCCAAGGGCAUUCCAGUCACUACUGUGGGACUGUUUAUGGUAGAAAUCUGUUAAAAUGUAAAUAUAAGCGUUGAACUGUAAAUGGGUGAUAUAAACUCUUGAGACAUAUCUUGACUUGGACUGGCGAAAAGCCAUUUGAGCAUCACAUAACAGGAUAUAAAGUAUAGGAGUAUGUAAAGGAAACUCGUUUUAUUUGUGGGUACGUUGUAGGCACGCUCUACUAGUUGAGGCAGGACACAAGUGCCUUUCACCACUGUGGCCUAAAAUGUUUGAUUUCUCACAGGUUCUACAUGUCAGAAAGAAGAUGUACUGUGUCAGAACGACACAAAUACUCUGAUGGAUGGAUAUACACAAGCACAGAGUAUAAGCGAAAGGCUGAAAGGGUGUUACUUAAAAACAAAAACUCAGAGCUAACCGUCAUAAUGGCAGGUUAUAGGACAGUAUUUUAACCUUAUCUUUUUAGAUUUUGUGUCUUAUGAUUCCUUCAAAGGUUUAGUGUUUGUUUUCUGCUUAUUUGACUAGUCUGCUUUCAGACAGGUACAUGAAUGGUAACGGCACUGAGUUGCGUUUUUGUAAGAUUUUUUCUUUGUCUACGCUACAUAAACCAAGCUAGCAUGCACACGCAUUGCACUGACAACAGCACUGAGCUGAGGAACGUCAUGAAAUAUAUAUAUUUUAAAGAUUCUAUAUAGUGUACAGUGCAGGUACAAGUCAUUUUGGCCAGAAACGUACUUUACACAGGUACGCAAACGUAAAUUCAAACGCAUGGUCAGUCGCUACGAUUUAGAUUUGAAUGAGUUCAUUCAGCGUACUUGUGUUAUUGUGGUGUUCUUUUGUUAAUAUUGCAUUAACAAACAUCAAUACUCAAGGGGGCGCUACAGUUGCCUUCGAAAUUCUGUUAUCAUUAGCUAAUAAUUAGCAAUAAUUAGCAACUGACCAUAGAGUACGAAAUAGCACCCCUCGCUGUAACUAAAUCAUGUUUGCAUAGUUAUUAACAUCUGCGUUCACAUACUCAUUCGCUUAAGGUCUUACUUGACUUGUCAAGUUAUUGGUUUCGAGUGUUUUUUCAACACUUUGUAUGCAUUGUGCCUAACCGGUUUGAAAAAUCCUUUUUCAAGAACGUGUUGUAGAGGGACGCAGUAUAAAUGAAACUCUUUGAAAAUCUAGUUUCUGUGGCAUACCAAAGAUAAACUGGCACUGAGAAAGUGCGCAUCCCCUCACAGGAUUCUUAUGUGCGUCCGUAUUGCUGUGACAAAGAAUGUAAAGGAGUUCUGUUUUGUAUCACUUCCUCUAUUUUUAGUAAGAAAAAAAACAUGUUGUGGUUUUUGCAUAUCUGUGUGUUUUUAUAUCUUUCACAGUUCACUCAAACUUUUUUGCUGGCAAAAGUUCGUAACAGUUUUAUAAUAUUAGCAUUUAUCUCAUCUAUUUACAAAAGAACUGAGUGAUAUUUUGCGUACCGUUUUCUACAUUUUUGUACAAAGGUACUAUAUUUUACCAGUUUAUAAAUAAACAGAGCCUGUGAUGG